AUGUAUUCGAAAGUUCUUUGUAGUUUGGGUCCCUCCAAAAUUUUAAGUAUAAUCAGGGGUGGUGGCUGUGGUACAACCACUUUUCAAUCAUUCUGCCCCUCGGCACUCCAAGCACAUCGUAAACAUUAUCAUGUAUCGAGAAGGCGCCUCAGCUGGAAACUCAGCAUGAUGCAGUUGCUCAGUAGUCUGCGGCAUCGUUAUUGCCUAUGGCGUCUUCGGCGCCUUUUGGGCAUGGGCUUCGACGAAGGUGGAUUCCAGGAGGGCACCCGACAGGCGGCGGCCACCAUGAUCGAGGCAGUGCGCCAAGCUGACUGGCCCUGCAUCCAGAGUUGCUGUACGAAGCGAGGAUCGGCAGACAUUUACGGGUUGUCCCAGGUUCGCUAUCCCUAUAGCAAAUUAGUGCGGUUUCAAAGGGAUCACCUGAGGCAUUGUGUGCCCGUGAGAGUAGUUCGUCGCUGGAUCGAUGGUCGUCGAUGUGUCCUGGUAGACAUGCUCUUUGUUGGCCUGCGCAAUCUUCUGGAUUUGGGUACUGCCCAGGAAAAGGAACAAAUGAUUCAACGUAUUCAGAGUGCUCUGGCAGACUCGCAGAUCAACGAACAGUUGGAUGCGAAAAAUUGCCGUUUGGCCAUAGCUGAAUUAGUGCUCACCUUCUGCAAGGAAUUGGGGGAUUCCCAAAAGGAUCCCGAGGAUUUAAGUAUUUUAAACGAGGAAGCAAGGGAUGGCUGGCUAGUUGAUUCCUAUAAAGUCAACCGCUUCAAACUGAUUAGCUUUAGUCCCAACACUCUCAACUUUCGCGUAAUUGAAUUCCUGAAACCGGUUCGGCUAAAGUCUGAAGCCUGAAGUGUCUCUGUUUUGGAGGUGAUGUUAUUGAGCACUUGCCGUCACGUGCCGAUUACUAGGUCAACGAUCGCUUUAAACCGAAUUAGCAUUAUUUUCAACCGAGUUUGCCAGCAAUCAUCGCGCGUCUCCAGCCUGAAGCUAACUGAUCGGUUGUUAGACUAACAUUGAUGUAUUUAUGGCAUUACCUGGAGAGGUGUGUAAGCAAGUUACCGAUCACUGUGAUAAAAGGGUUUUUGUAUGUGUAAUUUGGAAGCUAUAUUAACUCAUUUGUAGUUCAUUUUAAAUCUAAAGUGCCAAUUCGUUAAAAAAAUAAAGCAGUCUAUAUAUUUUUCUAUCAAUUUAAAA